AUGAAUCGAAAUAGUCAAAGUAUUUUGUCAAUUCUUGAGAAAUCUGACUUAGACAAAAACUUUUCUGAUGACGAUGACGUGGAUGAAGAGGAUCACGUGAAUAUUUGUAGUCAGGCAAUCGACACGGAACAAAAAAGUUCAGAAAGUGAUGACGAUAAUGUCCCGCUGAGUGAAAAUAGAAUGGAGUUGCAAUCCAGCUCGUCUUUUAUUCAACAACAGCCAGAUACAUCUUCACGGCGUGAGGUACGUCUACAAUAUCUUGGUAAAAAUGGGACAGUUUGGUUUAAAACACCUUUUUGGUACAAUGUGAGGACGAGGGCAAAAUAUAUAAUCACACGGUUGCCAGGUGUGACACGAGAAGCUAAGUGUGUUACUUCUGAGUUUGGAGUAAAUGUCGCCGAUGAUCUCUGCGCAACAUAUAACGUGAGCUGUAAUUUCAAGAGAUGGCCCUUUACCAUAUUUUAUGCUCUAUUGAAUAUCUGGGAUUAA